GUUCCUGAACAACAACCACAACCAGUAGCAGAAGGUGAUCAGCAGUCUUCGAAGGGACCAUGAUCCUCUUGCAUGGACUUCUGCAGAUUCCCAGCACCGUCAUGCUCCUGGGGACCUCGCUGGUGUUGUUGGUCCUGUAUCUCCUUCCCAGGACCUAUAACAAGGGAAAAGAGCCCGCCGGACCGAGACCUUUGCCUCUCAUCGGAAACCUGCUGCAGCUGGAUCUCAAGAGACCAUAUCUCAGCCUCUUCCAGCUGUCUAAAAAAUAUGGAUCAGUGUUCACUGUCCACUUUGGCCCCAAGAAAGCGGUGGUUCUUACCGGCUUCAAGACUGUGAAAGAGGCCCUGGUGAACCAUGCAGAGGAAUUUGGAGAACGGGAGAUAUCACCAAUAUUUUAUGAUUUCACCGAAGGCCAUGGAGUCCUGUUUUCCAAUGGAGACUCAUGGAAGGAGAUGAGACGCUUUGCUUUAUCCACCCUUCGGGAUUUGGGGAUGGGAAAACGAGGAAGUGAGGAGAAGAUCAUAGAGGAGAUCCAAUACAUGUCAGAGGUGUUUGAAAACUUCAAAGGCGAACCCUUUGACACAUUGCAGGUAGUGAACUACUCAGUCUCCAACAUCAUUUCCUCCAUCGUCUAUGGUAGUAGGUUUGAAUACGAUGAUCUAGAGUUCCAAAGGAUGGUAAACAGGGCGAACCAAAAUAUCAGGCUCACCGGGUCACCUGCCAUCCAGCUGUAUAACAUGUUCCCAUGCCUGGGUCCUUGGCUGAAGGACUGGAUCACCCUGAAGAAGAAUACUGAGAGCAACAUAGAGCAGGUGAAAAGUCUGGUGAAGAAUCUGCAGGAGACUCUGAAUGCUGAGGACAGGAGAUGCCUCGUGGACUCCUUUCUUAUCCGACAGCAGGAGAUUAAGAAAUCCAGGGAGCAAGAAUUCUCCUACUACCAUGAGAAGAACCUCAUCAUUACAGUGUCCAACCUUUUUGCAGCUGGAACUGACACCACUGCGACCACACUGCGUUGGGGCCUGCUGCUUAUGGCCAAGUACCCCGAUAUACAGGACCGUGUACAGGAGGAGCUGGACAUGGUCACUGGGGGUCGGCAGACUCGAGUGGAGGACAGGAAGAACCUGCCGUAUACAGACGCCGUCAUCCACGAGAUACAGAGACUGGCCAACAUUGUUCCAAUGAAUGUCCCUCACAUCACAAGCUGUGACGUGGUCUUCCGGGGAUACCACAUCAAGAAAGGGACCACUGUCAUCCCACUGUUGACGUCUGUACUUUAUGAUGAGAGUGAAUGGGAGACUCCCCAUACCUUCAACCCCGGCCACUUCCUGGAUGAUCAGGGCCGGUUCAGAAGGAGAGAUGCCUUCUUGCCCUUCUCUGCAGGGCGUCGGGCGUGUCUUGGAGAGAGUCUGGCCAGGAUGGAGCUCUUCCUCUUCUUCACCACACUUCUGCAGAAGUUCCGUUUCACUCCACCUCCUGGGGUGUCUGAAUCUGAUCUGGACCUCACUCCAGCGGUUGGAUUCACCCUCAAACCCUCCCCUCACAAACUGUGUGCUGUAAGCCGAGGUUGAAGAUCCUGAAUUCUGUUGGUUUAUAAGGAGCCAUUCUUAUAUACUGUAAGGUAGUCUACUUUUUUGAAUAGUUACAUAGGGUAAGAUGUAAAAUUCUUCAUAUUGAGAAAUGCAGAUUAAUUCAGUCUGAUUGAUAAUUAACAUAUAGUAUUGAUUUUUAACAUAUAGUAAGCAACUCCACAUAUUUAGAGUAACAACAUAGAACAACUUAUUUUGAAUAAAUUACUCAGGGUCAGAUGGUAAACUCAGCCUAUUGAGAAAUACUGACUGGUGUGGCUCGUUAUACUCACUGGGGAAAGAACGAGGGGGAAGAAUGCAGGGGGUGACAGUUGUAAGACAGAAGCGGCUUUGUAACUCAAAUUAGUGGUUGUGACACUAAUAUUAGACCAAAUGACAUGAGUUAUAAUAAGAAAUACUGAUUCAAUUCACCUAAAGAGUUCAUUCUGAUUCAUUCACCAGCUCGUUCAGUGGCACUUCAUAAUUGCAUAAAAUAAAUUUGGAACAUUUGUGUAUCGAUAUGUCGAAAAAUAGGCUAUUAUUAUUGGGCUACAUAGUACUAAGGAGUACCCUUUUACAAUCUUUUACAAUGUUUGCAUGCAGUUUUUAUCUCGCCUGUGCUUUUCUCGCCGUUUUCGUUUGUGAUUACCAGAAAGCUAAAAUGCUGCCACACCGCCAAUUUAA